GGUGACGUCAGGGGUCCAGAGAGAGGCUGGGGCAGAGGCGGCCGGAGCGGCUGAGGGAGCGCGAGCGGCGCGGGGGGGCCCUGUCGGCGACAGCGGCGACAGCGGCGGCGACAGCGACAGCGGCGGCUCCCAGCGCCUCGCGGCCCGGCGUUACCCCGCUCCUCUCGGCGCCGGGCGGCCCCGGCCCGCGGCGGCGGCGCUGACAGCCCGCCCGGAGCCCCGGGGGCGGCCGCGGCCACCAUGUCGUCCCCCAGCCCGGGCAAGAGGCGGAUGGACACCGACGUGGUCAAGCUGAUCGAGAGCAAACACGAAGUCACAAUCUUAGGAGGACUCAACGAAUUUGUCGUGAAGUUUUAUGGACCACAAGGAACACCCUAUGAAGGUGGAGUAUGGAAAGUUAGAGUCGACCUUCCUGACAAAUACCCCUUCAAAUCCCCAUCUAUAGGAUUCAUGAAUAAAAUCUUCCAUCCCAACAUUGAUGAAGCGUCAGGAACUGUAUGUCUAGAUGUAAUCAAUCAAACUUGGACAGCUCUCUACGAUCUCACCAACAUUUUUGAGUCGUUCCUGCCCCAGCUGCUGGCUUACCCCAAUCCCAUAGAUCCUCUCAAUGGGGACGCUGCAGCCAUGUACCUCCACCGACCAGAAGAGUACAAACAGAAAAUUAAAGAAUACAUCCAGAAAUAUGCAACAGAAGAAGCACUAAAGGAGCAGGAAGAAGGCACUGGGGACAGCUCAUCCGAGAGCUCCAUGUCUGACUUCUCGGAAGAUGAGGCUCAGGACAUGGAGUUGUAGUAGAGGAGGCACCUGCUUUUCAGAGAGACUCUAAUUUCCUAACCAUGAGAAGCAGACUAUAAUAUUCAUAUUUAAACAAAGCAAUUUUUUUUAUUACUAAACAAGGUUUUUAUGAAUUAUAGCAUUGAGCUAUAUAUAUAUAUUUAUAUAUAUCUCUAUAUUUAUAUAUAAAUAUAUAUAUAUCACCCUUUAGGUCUUGAUUUUCUCGGUCAUUUCCCGGUUCCUGAGGUGCAUUAGAGCAUUCCCAACAUUCCAUUCUGGUAGCAAUAUGCAGCCUGGAUGCAUGCCUUGAGAUUUUCCAUUUGGCCAAGUCAGCUUCGGUGUGCUACCAAGCAGCUGCCCUGGGAGGGAGGGAAUCAGCAAAAAAAACCCCAAAAUCCAAACAAAAGAUAGAAAACAAGAAGAAGGGAUUUGCUGUCGGAUCGAGGUUCCCGCCCGAGACGUUGGUGUUUCCUCCAAGCCUAAAACCUUGGGGCUGUAGGCACGGAAGGGGCUCCUCCAGGUCGUGUUUAGGAAAUCAAAAAGAGAUUUGACUCCAAACAAACCCCAACCCAAGGGCGUGGAGCUCCCGAGAGCGUGCGGACACUCGCUGGGGACUUGAGGCCGUGCUUGCCGAGGACUCCUCCCUGCCCUCCCGAACUCUAGGCGCUGAGUGCCCCGGUGACCCUCUGGAGGAGCUCUGGAUGCUGUUCCUGGUCUGCAGGAGGAGCUGUGCCCUGCCUGGGAGGGAAGAACCACCUGGAACCGCGGCUGAGGAUGCUCCUGGAGCUGGGAUGGAGGCCCAGCCCUUCCUCUGCCCCCUUGGGAACCUGCUGCCCUUCGACGGCCUCCACUUGGCUUUGGCAGUUCCGCUUUUUUUUCCUCUCUUUCUUUUGCCCCCUCCCUGUUCUGCUGGAAGUGUGGUUCAGACACCUGAGAAACGCUGGCUGUGUCCUGGGAGUUCCUCUCUGACCAGAUGGAUUGGCCUUGCAGAGCUUCAGAGCUUCAGAUCCACGGAAUUGGCCCCUUGGCCCAAGUCCACCAAUCCGUCGGCACUGACUUUGAUUUCCCCUUUUUUUUUUUUUUUUUUUUUUUUUGUUGUUGUUUCUUUUGAAAUCUUUCUUUCCUCCCCCUUCUGCACCAGCUUGGUUCCCAUCUGCUUGUGUGUGUACAACAGGAUAAAAAUUCCUUAAGAGUUAACAAAGAAAAUUAUCUAGGAAAAGAAAAAAAAAAAAAACCACAAAAUUUGAGCUGAAUAAAAAAAAAAAAGCCUAAAAAGCACCAAUUGAGGAAGCAAAUGAAUUCACUCUUUGGUUUUUUUGUUGGUUGGUUUGGGGUUUUUUUUUUGGUUUCUUUUGGUUUUUCGGGUUUUUUUCCAGGAUGUUUGGGAAUUGGAAUGUUGGAUUUCUCCUGGUGUCGUGCAGCAAACUAAGAUUUGAUUGGUUUUUUGGCUGUUGUUCCUAGAAAUCUGAUAAGUAAAUGUCUCCUUGGGAUACUUGAAUUGGGAUAAUUGUGCAUCGGAGAUUGACGCUGAGAUGGAUUUUUAAAGCUGAAUGUUACCUGCUGUUUUCUUUUGGGGAUUUUUCGGAGGGGUUUGGACAAGAUCUUUUCAUUUGUGACGUGACCUGCAGGAAAAAAUCAACCCACCCUGAGCGACUCUGGAGCAGAGUUUUGAAUGUCAGACUGGCACAUUUGUCAUUUCCCCCCAAUUCUUGGGUUCGUUUCCUUCUCCUUGGGGACAUUCCAACCCCAUCUCUGAUUCAUAAAGCACAAUCAGUUUCUUUUCUUUCUCUUGCUUUUUUUUGGGGGAGAAAACAAAAACUCCGUCAAGUCCCACUUGGCUUUGGCAUGAAUUUCCUUAAUAAAAAACCUACCAUGGAUUUCCUUUCUGUUAAUUCCGGGCACCAAGCAAAGGUUCUCCCUCUCCUCCUCCCCAUCCUUUUCCAGCAGUGGUGUAGGGCUGUGGCUAGUACUGUGCUGAAGUUCUCUAUCUAGCAUUUGUGGCUUGUUGGAGGGUGAAAUAUUAAUUAUUUAACAUGUAAUGAUGUAAUUAACUCUUUAUCUAGCACGUUGUUUGCUCAUUAAUUUGGGGAGGGAGGGGCCACGUUUAACUCGCUUUCCUGCUGCCCUGGCAGUUUUGCUUGUGCUAUAAACCUUUACUUGUAGGUGCUACUUAGGAGUAGAGUCAAGUGCUGGGUGGUGAUUUCAGUUUAAAAAGCUUCAAAAAAACGAGAAAAAACAAAAAAAAAAGCAGAACAAAAAAAAAAAA